CUUUAACCGGCUGUACCAGCGAUGAUUAUGAAAGAAACGGCAGCAAUUUUGGCGGAAACCGUCCCUUUCAGUGGCAGACUGGCGGUUUACCAUGAACACUUGUAUUGACACUACUGUAUCACAGAGCUCCCAAAUUUGUAGAUCCGCAACCAGGAUCUGCUGAGCCCUUGAAGUUGAACACUAGCCUCGGGCAUGUUCAUGCAAUCCCUUUCUUGCUUUCCCAGCAGGACUUCCCCUUCAUGAGCAGACUUUUUGUGCAGUACAGUAGGUAGUUCAGCUUUUACUGCCAAAAGUUUCAGCUUGCGGAGGACCAAAGUGCCUGCUGACAGUCCAGUCCUCUGGUGUUGUAUUGACGCCUUCUGUCAGCUCAGCAUUGCCUCUGAUAUUGUUGGUACCUUAUGGCUGGAACCCCAGAAGCACACCCUUACCUGGAUUCCCCAAUACAUGAGUAUCUUGGGAUCCAGUAUCUGAAGACAACACCAGAGCUGGUGACAGCGCGCAUGAAAGUGACCGAGAGAAAUCGCCAGCCAGAUAAUCUGUUGCAUGGAGGAGUCUCUGUUCUUCUGGCAGAGGGCCUAGUCAGUCGAGGGGCGCGUGCAACUGGUGCUCAUGCGGUGGGUGUUGAGAUCAACGCUAAUCAUGUGAGAGGCGCGCCUGUUGGGAGCACCGUCUACGCUGAGGGCCGACCCCUGAAGGCGGGCCGAAGCCUGCAGGUGUGGGAAGUUCGUCUCUACAUGGAGCCUCAGAAUAAGGUAGACGACUCUGACAUUGCCAAAUUCGGAAAGCUCGUCUGCGUCUCCCGGUGUACCCUAGGAGUCAAUUUGGGUCAGAAGCCUCCAAAAGAGGCACCUGAAAUGUCGCAUAAGCUCGCUAAGCUGUAAAGCCUGACCGUUGGUGCACUGACCCAAGUUGCAACAAUGGUAUCACUGUAUGCACGCGCAGAACACGCUACAACUGAGAAAACAUGGACGAACUAUUGCUUGCAAAUAUUCGAAAAGUUACAAAGUCCAUGUUUCUUGUACUCGCUGUUCGUUUGCUCUCCCCAAGUUGCUCUCACCGUGAGCUGGUGCCGAGCACCAGAGAACUACUCCGGC